ACGACACCAUAAACGAAACAGUUCCGGCAAUAUGGAGGCUGUUGUUAACGAUGUUGUUGCCCCCGAAGAUCUUGAGAAAUUUGAGAAGAAAUAUAAUGCGGAACUGGCAAAGGGUAGCGUUUCUAAAGACACUAAAUUCGAGUAUGCGUGGUGUCUGAUUCGAAGCAAACACCCCAAGGACAUCAGAAAAGGAAUCGUGCUCCUAGAUGAGCUUAUUCAUAAAGGGACCAAAGAUGAUCAGAGGGAUUACCUAUUUUACCUGGCUGUUGCAAACUACAAACUGAAGGAGUAUGAGAGGGGGCUGAAGUACAUCAGGACCUUACUCAAGAAUGAACCAGGCAACACCCAGGCACUGGAACUCGAGAAACUCAUAGACAAGGCCAUGAAGAGAGAUGGGUUGGUCGGUAUGGCGAUUGUUGGAGGCAUUGGUCUAGGUGUGGCUGGAUUGGCUGGUCUGAUUGGCCUAGCUGUGGCUAAGAAGGCUGCAUGAGAAAAUCGGCACACUCAAUUAUCAUGAAGGUGUCUAGGUGGGAACAUGGUGAGAUUAAACCACGCCUCCCCUCAUUGUGUAUUUGAUUGAACUGAAGCUAACCCUUUGACGCCUUACUAGUUCUUUGGCAAUUUACCCAGAUAAUGUCAGUGCUUUCCAUAUUACAUAUUAUACUAACUCAAGGAGUUUUCUGUUAGCUUUAUUGUAAAAUGCACUGACAUGUUGAACCACAGUCCACCUGACCAUUGUAACAUGAAAGGGGUUGUUUAUUCUUUUAUGGCAUGGAAUUAUUGUUCAGUUCAUUGCUUCUGUGUCCUGAGGCUGUGCUAGUACUUAUGGGUUUUUGUCAUAAGAAUGGUGUGAUCAGCUCAAGGUGGUAAAAUGGGUAGUUACUUAUCCUCUGACUAAAAACAGUUUUGUUUUUAGGUGCAUUUUAUUAGUCUUUGAGUGCUUGUACCACAUCAGCCAUUAUUAUUGUAAUUUGAGUAUCAAUUUGAUCAAACUAAUUCAAGCAAUUUCCACAACUACAUAAUAAAUGUUUUCCUCAUUAAGAGUGAGGAGUAAAAUGUAUCUGGAUUCUUAUUUGUAAUUAACCAUCUUAACAGGGUUUGAAUGCUGUAAUUCAAUGUGCAUAUCUUUACAGCUCUGCUUAUUUUUUCAGUUUUGACAUUAUUGUGGGGAAACUUGCUAUGGUUUAAUUGGAAGUGUGUGUGUCAUAGAAAAGAGGAAACGUUUUACCUACAGAACUGCUGUUGUGAGCAGUUGGAUCAAAGGUAGAUCAUGUUGGGGAACAUGCUGACUUUAAGCCCCCCCACCCCCCAAGCGAAAAUCUAACAUAUCCUUACUGUUAACGUCAAGUUGAACCAUGGCUUAGUAUUUUUUAUUAAGGGGCAGUGAUGAGCAUUUAAUUUGUUAGUGUCAACAAAGGAAACUGCACAAAACAUCUGUUUCUAAUCUUCACAGUAACUUCGUGUGUGUGGUUCCUUUAAACAGUCCACAGGGGGGCACCUGUGUAACAUUUUUACAUUAAAGGUUUGGGACAGAAAUAUUCCUUCCAUAAUUUAAAAAAAAAUCAAUACUCAGAUCUUUAGCACUAGUUUAUUGCUGGUGUUCAAGACUGUGUAUAUUAAACCAAAAACAACAGUAAUCAUUUAUUCUUAAAGAUUUCUGGGGGUACUGGUAGGAUUUAGAGUGUUUAUAAUAUGCAUGUAUUGUAGAUGGAGGUAAUGUGGAAAAUCCACACUAAAUGUCAAUCCUGUGUUUUGGAGAACUCGCAGAACAUAGUUCACAAAGGGGGGGGGGUCUCUCUUCUGGCAAAAAAUGUAAUUAAUUAAAAUUCUUCUUGUUCCUGUUUAUCUGUUGCCUAAGAAAACUAUUAAUCUUUGCUGGGUUUUUUGUAUAAUCUACAGAAUUUCACAUUUUUCACAUCUUGUACUGAAGCAAUUCUUCAGUUUGUUUGUGUGCAGUAAUGAACACUGCAUCCUGGGAGUUACUUCAGAAACACUGUAAAUAAAAGCAAAGUAUUAACACCC